UUAGGGACGAAGGAGCAAAUUCGAUUUUCACGUUCUUCGUUUCUAAGUCGAGUCACUGAGUCAGUUUUCCGCUAAGUACAAUGAGUGCUUCACCUCAUGACUUUUAUUAUUCGAACAAAUAUAGCGAUGAUAGAUAUGAAUACAGACAUGUACAUGUACCCAAGGAUUUGGUCCGACUUAUACCAAAGGAUCGAUUGAUGAGUGAAAAAGAGUGGCGAUCACUUGGAAUACAGCAGAGUCAGGGAUGGGUUCAUUACAUGAUCCAUACACCAGAGCGACACGUUCUUCUGUUCCGUCGUCCUUUAAAAGAUAUUAUAUGUGACGAAAAGAAUGGCAGCGUUAAAGAACAGGUGAACUAAAAUGUACUGAUUGUACUAUGUAUGAGCAUUAAUCUCUCACAUCGAAAUGGUUAUCCUACGAACGGGAAGUUUAUUUAUUUGAUUAGUCGUUAAUGUGCUUCUGUUAUCUUCUGUUUUUGAAAUGCUGUCCCCGAUGUCACUCUUCCUCUGAUCACGUUACAGUGUUUUGAUGCCUUGCUAUACUUUCUAUAAUUCAAGAGAUUGUAAAUUUCGUAAGUGAAUUCUCUUGUAUGUAGCUGCAAUAAAAAAAAAUUGGUUGUUUCAUAUCUUCUUGGUUUCUUGCAUUUUUCCACGGCCUGUUUUGUGUUUUGUCAGUUUCGUGGUUUUUGUGGGAAAUGGAUCUUUGGCAUGACUGUACUACUUUCAGUAGGAAUCCAUUCCAUUUGCUGUUUCAGUUACUAAGUUUUGUUUUA